AUGGUAUUGGAACUUCACGUAUGGGGCUGCAACGAUGAGAUUUCCGUGAUUUCGCCUCAGUCAAUUGCGUCUGCGUGGAUUGCAGAUAUAAUUUUGACAUCGCAGGGGAUUCCGUUUGAAAUCAUUGCAUCGAACAACACCAACCUUUCCCCGUUUGGAGAGUUGCCCGUGUUGAUAGAUGAUAGUGCUGGUGAUGGUGAUGACAAUAACCGCCGAGUCAAAUUGACCGGAUUCCGGAGUUUGAGCUCGUAUCUUGUUGCGAAAUACGGGGCAAGUCAGGUGGAGGAAUUGACGUUGCGCCAAAAGUUGCUAAACGACAGUGUGGUCAACUCGUUGAAUGAAACUUUUGACACUCUUAACCAGUAUAACCUAUACUCGAACGCUGCAAACUACGAAAAAUACACACGGAAGCUAUUCACCAGGUACUUCCCUUUUCCAAUGAUGUACAACCAGCCGUCAAAGUUUUACAAAAACGCUCAGGAGAAGGUGAAAAUACUAGGCUUGGACAAGGGCAAGUCGUCAUUUUUCAGCUUUUCAACAGAGGCAAGCGAGGUUGCCGAAACCGAGACUUUCAACGAGGGAACCUCCGAUGCCGACGCUCCUGACGACGGACAUUCAAAAGGCAUCAGCGGGUUGCACGAAAAGUACUUGUUGCAGAAAUCAAAAACAAACGAAGCAUUGAGAGAAUCGAGCAACUCCAUGAGAUGCUUGAUGGUUCUAGACAAGUAUUUGGCGAGACUCAAGAGGCUACGUGAGAGCAAUGGAGGCAAGAGGUACUUGUUUGGCGACUUGCCCUCGACAAGUGACAUACUUUUCACGGCAUACAUGCUGACGCUAACCUGUAAGCAAUUGCCGGACGCAUUCAUUGCCGAAUAUCUCCUGAGCAGGGAGCCCGAGCUCAUCAAGGAGACCAAUCUCGCCAUUCGCGAUUUGCACUCGCAUUUGCAGAAAACUCACAAUAGCUUUGCCGAACCCAAGAGCUUCGAAGUGCCUAGCUUGUACAAUGAAAUAUUGUACUGGACGGGACUUGUCAAAUUCUAA